GAGAUGCAGUGGGCGAGGUUUAGCUGUACAAGACAAAAGAAAACGUUAAACGAAAACAAAGCAGGGCUCCUUGAUCUGUCCAGGGGUUCAUGUCCAGUUUUGCCUGUAUCUAAGGGUAGGAGUUUGUUUUUAUCUGCAGUGACCUUAUUAGCGUAUUAGCUUUAUGCGCUGCUUGACGACGAAUUGAAAAUAAGGAAGAGCCUUAAAUCAAGCGCCUCCUGAGAAAACUGAUUGUCAAAGAGUUUAUUAGAGCGGAAUUAUUUUAUGCUAGCUUGUAAACGAGCUACUAGUUACAGUCGAUGUAAAUUAUAUAUAUGAAGGAUCGCGCGUAGAAUACCACUUUUUCGGAAAUUAGUUUUUGGACGUGACAGUUGGUUGCAGUUUAAGGUCAUUCGUGCGCGCUCACCUUUCGUGCCAUUUUUUUUUUUAAAGAAAGACUAUUUCAUCUCGGUUCGAUGUUUUUGAUGGGGUUAAAUAAAUUAACAAAAUAACAACGGCGAGCGUAGAAAAGAUUAAAACCUGCUUUUGAUUUUAAAAGCGAAAAUAGUGGAAUCGGAAAUGAACGGGUUUCAGUCCAGUUCUGCGGACUGUCCGGCUGGAAGCGUCUGCUCUAUUGAAGGCUUGCCUCCGUUACCUAAAGGACUGAGCGGUAUCCUGAACUCGAGCGGAGGGUCCUGGAGGGACAUUGAGAAGGUGUACAGUAAGAGGACGCGCAUCCAGGCGGACAUCAGCAAGUCCCGGGUGAGCGACUGUCUCGGGCGCAGCAAACCCGCGAGCCUCGACGCGGCGCUGGCCGUGCUGCGCAAAGAGAUGGUUGGACUCCGACAGCUGGACAUGUCCCUUCUGUGCCAGUUGUGGUCUCUGUAUGAGUCCAUACAGGAAUACAAAGGAGCUUUCCAGGAUAUCUCUUCUUCUCUGUGUGAGAGCUCCUUCAACACCGAAAAUGGUUAUUCUGAAGACGAAGAGGAGGAAGACGAAGAUGAACACGAAAGAGAGAGCGGCGAGACGCUGUUGUCCCUUCCUCAGCCCGCUCAGAACUCUCGAGACCAGUGGAUCAAAGACUCCUUCCACAUCCCCAUUUAACUGAAGCACGUGCUCUCUCGGCGACGGCAUGGAUCUGAUCUCCCGUGAUCCUCGUCACUAUAAACUGAGACAAACAUGAACCCAUUGUUCGAAGGACUCCAUAAGCAUCAAAAUGAAACAAGGCCUUUAUUGUUGUAGGACACUAUUACAAUGGUGAUUGUGAGGUUGUUUCAAGGGAAGUAUGAAAAACUGCCUUUUCACUGCCUGUGAAGUCAUAAAGACCGGAUGAGGAUUGACAGGAAGAGGAUGUUGUAGCCAGAAACAGUGUGGUCAAGGAUGUUUUUCCACAUAUGGUAAAGAGUGCAUAGCCUACGUAAAAAUGUCAUGCCUUACAUGCUAUAUUCUCCUUUGAGCUCACGGUUUUGUUAUUUUAUGUAGAUUGAUUUUAUGAUGUAUCUCAUCACUUACCAGCAUUUGUGAUACUGUUUAUUUUAGUAUACAAUAUUAUUUUUCCACCUCUGUCUUUCAUUAGUAAGUUAAGCACAAUGUGCUUUUCUGUACGAAAUAAAUACGUCUCAAAAUAA